UCUUAGCCACGUUUAUUGUAUAUCACACGUUGCGUGAAUUAUUUAAUUAUAAACAAAAGAAUAUAUAUAUUAUUGAAAACAUGAAACUGUUUUUAACAUUUUUUUUAGUGGUUAUAUUAAAUACUCUGAAUCAUGGAUUUUGUGCUGAAGAUUAUAUUGAAGUUUUGACUGAUGAAAAUGAGGCAAAAAUGAUUAGUCCCACUCAUAAUAUCUUCGUAGAAUUUUACGCCCCGUGGUGCGGUCAUUGUAAACAGCUAGAGCCGGAAUACGUCAAACUUGCGGGCUUUAUUAACGAUUUGACUAAAGGAUCGGAUCAGGGGUCAGAAUUGGGAGAGGAAAGUCCUCAAGCCUUGGCCAAGACCAUUAAAAUCGUAAAAUGUGACGCUACUGUCAACAAAAAUUUGGCAGAGAAAUAUAAAGUUCAAGGCUACCCUACAAUCAAAUUUAUUAGCAAAGACAAAAGCGAGGUGUCCAAUUACAACGGUAACAGAAAAGCUGAAGAUAUGAGAGACUGGAUUCUAAAGAAAAUAGGACCACAGAUCAAGAUUAUCAAGAAGCUAGAGGAUUUAGAGAACCUCAUCGACUCUCACGAUGUAGUAGUAUUUGGAUAUUUCAAGGACCCUGAGGGUUUCCAAUUCACAGAAUUCAAACAAGUGGCUGCUAUUUUGGAAGAUACUCCCUUUGUUGCUACCCACGAUGCCUCGAUAGCUAAACAUUAUAAAAUGGAUACUAAUAAACAUGAUAACGGAUUGAUUUUAUUUAAGAAGUUUGACGAAGGGUCUGUUCAUCAUUACGACAAAUUUGAUGAUGAUGAUAUAGCCUUUUUCGUCAAAAGCAAUCGUAUGCCUUUAGUUUCCGAAUUUACUGAACAAAACGCCAACAAAAUAUUCACCGAGGAACAUCAAAAACACAUUUUGUUAUUCGAACAUAAAAGCGCACCCCAACACGAUAACAAUAUGAAAAUUUUCAACGAAUCGGCUAAGAACAAUAGAGGAAAAAUACUAUUUGUUUACAUUGAUUCCAGCGUAGAUGUUAACGAAAGAAUAUUGGAAUUUUUUGGGAUCAAAUCGGAAGAACUACCAACUCUAAGGAUUAUAAAUCUGGCCGGUGACAUGAAAAAAUACAAACCCCUCCCCGCCAGUGAUCCUAAGGAUAAAACUGUUAUAUUGGGCGUAAAUGGCAUAAACGAAUUUGUGACCGCAUUUUUGGAUGGGAAACUAAAGCCCCAUUUAUUGACCGAAACUUUGCCAGAAGAUUGGGAUAAAAACCCCGUGAAAGUGUUGGCAGGUUCGAAUUUCCGGGACGUGGCUUACGACCCAAGUAAAACGGUCUUGGUUGAAUUUUAUGCCACCUGGUGUGGUCACUGUAAGCAAUUGGUUCCCAUUUAUGACGAAUUAGGCCAAUAUUUCGCCGACAAACCCUCUAGUAAUAUUGUGAUCGCAAAACUAGACUCGCCGGCUAAUGAGAUUGAAGGGUUGGCUAUUAAAAGUUUUCCUACAAUCAAAUUAUACCUCGCUCUCAAAGAUGGACAGACUGAGAAAACUGUAAUUGAUUUCGGUGGUGAAAGAACUCUAGAGGGACUCAAGAAAUUUGUUGAAAGUGGAGGUGUAGAAGGAGCCUCUGACGGGAAGGACGAAGAAGAAGAAGGCGAAGAGACAGAACCAUUUGAUGAUGAAGACGAAGCUGCUAGCGAACAUCCAGAACAUACCGAACUUUAAAUUAGAACUAUCUUCACCAUUCGAUCCCCUAGAUAAAUUUUGUGAACUCUAUCUUGCAAACUAAUAUUAGUUAAUAUUUCAUUUUUUUAAAUAUAUCCAGCAUGUAUGUCAACUAUUAUAUAUUUUAUAGGUUUCUUAUCAUAGAAUAGUGUAUACAUAUUUUUCUUUACUUUCCUUUAUGAAUAAUUUUUAUAUUUUUACCAAUAUAUUUGGUACAAUUUAUAUACGUUAUAAUGUAUAUCUUUUAUAAUCCCUUUUUUAUACACAUACGGAAUAUAUGCUGAAUGAUGUACUUAUAAUUACAAAUUUUACCCUGAGAUAGCUUUAUUUCAACCCAAAAGUACUAUUUUAACGGUCGUUUCAGAAUUCAAAAUACCAUUAUACUAUUUUACCCGGAAUAAAAAUAUUAUAUAAAUUUGUAUUUUCUCUUAUUACAUAAUUGAUAUCUAUAAUGUAAAAUGUAUAUCGACAAGAUUAUUCUUAAUUUUAUAAUAAGUUUAAUCAUGAAUAUGUAAUUUUCUUUUGAUAUCGUUUAAUUCCCAUAAAUAUUUUUUGCACAUUCAAACAAA